AUGCCAGCGAAGAAACCUCGACCGCGCCGGUCAACAGCAGAUCCAGCUCCUCCACCCCGUCCGCGGACGCACGCUUUUACGGGAUGCCUCACAUGCAGAGAGCGUCAUGUGAAAUGCGACUUGGGGCGGCCAACGUGUCGGAACUGUGCCCGUCUCAAGGUGUUGUGCGAGGGCUACUCUCGCAAAUACUCGUGGAUGCCACCGAAGAUGCCCGAGGGUAGAGGACGAGUGUCUGAUACGAAGUCGCGGCCGGGGGUUGAGGAGAGUCAAACAAGUCGUCGGGUACUUUUUUCAGAUGAAGAGAGGGAGGCUAUGGUCCUUCGGAUGAGGGACGAGUGCUGUGUGAACUCGUCCUACCUGGAUCUGGACCGCGUUCUUCGAGAAUUGCAAGAAAAGGUUAGCGAAGUAGGCGAAUUCACCAGGAUUGGACCUUUUAGCAUCUUUCCGAGUUGUCCACCCGCAAAGGCUCCUCUACCCCAAGGAGAGACUUUUCCGAUGGUAGAGGUCGUGGAGCAGACGGAACGAACCCAGAGUCCUGUACCAGAUUUAUCACUCUCGCCAUUUCCUUGGGGUGAGAUUGACGGGAUCAUACAUUGGGACCUCGACACUGCCCUGGUCCCGAACGCAAAAACACUCGUCAGUGCGGAUGUAGACUCAAACUGGGAAAUUGGAAUUGCAGACUCGUCACUAAGCUUUGCAAGCGAUAUCAACGACGCAGAUAUGGAUCUGCUUCCAGGUUUGGGUUCGAAGCUAGACCAGUGUUUUGGAGUGAACAUUGGUAAUACAGCUGCCAAAUCUUUGCGUGUACAUGCUAACAUAUCAGAACCAACUGGAGCUACUAGUCAUGAUCCAAUGUCCUCGCAACUGAAUUUCUUAGAUGCAGUACCCACAAUAUUGCAGAUGCCAAACACCGAGAACAUGUCCAAAAUUCCACCUGAAGCACGGCUUCUCUUAGAUUACUAUUCUUCCAAAAUUAUCGACUGUCUGUCUAUGUCACCGUUUCAGAAGCCUCCGUGGAAGACGAUACAUCUACCCUGUGCCAUGAGUGCUCUCGCCGAGAUUAUGGUGCACGGGGAAACAAGAAGCCUUGCGAAGAUGGCUCUCUUUUAUGCGCUGCUCUCCAUCAGCUCCUUUCACGUGAGCUGUGUGAACCAAGAAUCAGAGGAGCAGUCGCAACAUUGGAAAGCGAGAGGAGUCGAGCACAAGAAUACCGCAGAAAGGUUCCUACGACUGGCACUUGAUAAGAAUCUGCCCAAGGCGAAGAGAGGCAAAUACAAGGAGGUACUUAUGAGUACACUUAGCAUGGUUACAAUCGGAGUUUUCAGUGGUGAUAUGCAGAAUUCGCAUGGCUACCUCGCCGAGAGCGAAGCACUGAUCAGGACCUACGGACUGCCCAAGCCUGUCAAAUCCAUCAGGAUUUCCAAGCUUCACCAUAUAUUCUCAUACCUACGUAUCAUUCAAGAGACCACCUCACUGAGAGUCAGCAACGCUGCGAGCGAAAGCAGCAAUAGCAAUGAGAGGGUGGCGGACACUGAGAGCGGAACGAGCCUGGAGCUGUCGAACAACAUAGCACAGUCGGCAAGCUCGAGAGUGGCUUGGAUAGAGGAGGAGGAGGAAGCCGAAGAUCUAAAAGAAGACCCGCUCUUCGUUUCAAUCUAUCAGUUGCCGUCAACCCUCAUGUCCCUCCUGUCCCAGACAUCCUCGCUCUCGAAACAGUUGGAGUCUGCGGAUUGCUCAACGCCGGAGUUCGCUAGGAGAUGCCAAAUUAUCGAAGAUCGCAUCUUCAAGUGGAAAGCACCGGACGAUUUGAGCCUCACGGGUCACUUCGGACCAGACCUCUCUGAGUCUCCCAAUGCUGCCGCGAAGGAGAUAGUGGCGCAUCUGGUGAACGCCACAUAUCUGGCACUCGUUGUGCAUUUCCAGCGCCAGAUCCGCAACACAAACCCUCGUGUUCUACAGCAUUACGUUACAAGCGCGGCCGACCACCUUCUAGCGCACGAGCAGCUCAAGCCGAGCCUAAACAUGUCGUUCGCGCCCUUUCCGUGGCCCGGGUUCAUUGUGGGAUGCGAGGCUUACGAAGGCCCCGCGCGUCAGAAGAUCGAUCUUUAUUUCAAGAGUCUGCGGUCUUACAAUGUUGGCAGUGUGGACGCAGCGGGGAGGGUCGUUCGCGAAGUAUGGAAGCGACAGGACUCUGGGCGGCAUGACCAUCGGUGGGAGGAUGUGUUGAAGGACUGGGGGCUUCAGAUCGUUUUGACAUGA